AUGGUCACCAUCCUUCAAGCCCUGAAGAAGGUUGGCAACUGGCUGGCACCACCACCAAAAAAGUCCGAAGAUGGACGCGAUCAAUGGCCUUCUCGAGCGGCAUUCCUCCUCGCUGCGAUGGGAGGCUGCGCCGGUAUGGGAAAUCUGAUCCGAUACCCAUCUCAAGUCUACAAUAAUAAUGGCCUGCAAUGGUUCAUCCCAUACCUAAUGUGCGUCUUCCUCAUCGCCAUUCCGUGUCUCGUCCUGGAGAUCGCCAUCGGCCAGGCCUACCACGGUGGAUCUGUUGUCGCCUUCAACAACGUCAACCAUCGCCUAAAGGGACUGGGGUCUAGUCUCUUAUACAUAGGCUUUAUCGUCGGCCCAUAUUUCGUUGUGAACCUCUCCUGGAUCAUGAUCUACUUCCGAAACUCAUUCAAGAACCCACUUCCCUGGGAGGGUCGCAGCGAGGAAUUCUUCUACCAGAUUGUUGUCGCCAACGUCGACGCGAUCCCGGGGAAUAAGACGAGCAAUUCCGUCAUUGAUUACACCGAGUAUCCGGGUGUGAAGUUGUUGGGAGAGACGGUGGCUUGGACUGCUUUCACCUGGUUCCUCGUCUGGAUCUCCAUCUUCCGAGGGGUGGGCUUGACUGGCCGUGUCGUUUACUUCACCAUGGGCCUUCCAAUCAUCAUGACAGUUGUGCUGGUCGGACGAUCGGUCUCGCUGGAGAAUGCGGGUCGCGGAGUCAAGCUGUACUUUGGCGAGUGGCAUGGCGAGAAAUUGGCAAAAGGAGACAUCUGGCAGACUGCAGCUGGCCAGGUCUUCUUUUCAACCGGUGUUGGCUUCGGAUACUUCAGUUCCUAUGCCUCCUACAACCAAAAGCACUCUAAUGCGGUCAUGGACUCUAUCUUGAUCGUCGCCAGCAACGUUCUCUUUGAGGGUUUCGCUGCUUUCGCUGCUUUCGGUGUCAUCGGCUACAUGGGGAUGUCUCCUGUCGACGGCGAACGAAUCGGUGCCUUCACAAUUGGCUUCCUCACCCUACCGACUGCCAUCACUGAGCUACCCGCAGCCAACUUCUGGGCAUUCGCAUUGUUCUUUACCCUCAUGGUCCUUGGAUACAGUUCCGCCUUUGCUAUGCUGGACGCUGUGGUUACAUUAGUCAUGGACUCUGGCAUCAAGGCGCGACGCGAGUGGGUUGUCACGGGUCUCGUCAUCAUCUCCUUUUUGAUGUCGCUUCCCUACUGCACAGAGUUCGGGUAUGCCCUCCUCACCGGAAUCGAUCGGUGGAUUAGCGACGUUGCCCUGGUCUUUGUGGUCUUCUGCGAGUGCGCAGCCUCUACUUCCCUAUACCGCUGGAGGGACGUGGUAGGCCAGGUCGGACUCCCUUCAUUCAUCACCUUCAACUCGGGUUUCUUCGGCGGUAUGGUCUUUGGCGUUGCGAUUGCGCAUGCGGCUGGCGCUCCUGUUGGCGCUGGCGUUGGCUUUGGUCUCUUCAUUGCUGGAACUCUCAUUGCACUCUUUAUCGGCAAGACGCCCGAUUCUGAGCCACCAUCCAAAUUCUUUAGCAAGAGCGUCUACAUCAGUCGCUUCUGGUACUUGGCCUUCUACUCAGGACAACAACUCAGACUUGAUCUCAACAUGAUUGUUGGGACUGGUAAGAACUGGACGAUCCCCGUGAUAUGGGGUCCUCUUCUUCGUUUCAUUUCGGCGCCCACUCUAGCCAUCAUUUUUGGCUUCUCCUACCCAUCGUUCCAUGAGCUCCGCGAGGACCCGCUCCACAUCCUGGGAUUCGGAGUCGCUCACAUCUGUCUAUUGUUGAUUGGUGCCGGCGUUCUAUUUCCCAGGUGGUUCGACGUCUUGAUUCCCCCGAAUCGUCGUGGCGAAGGCAAGAUCGCAUAUGCCCCCAAUGUGGUGCAAGGAAGUGUAGAAGUGCAGCAGAGUGACUCGAUAGAGAUGGGAGAAGGUGAAGAAAAGGGCAAAUAA